GCCUCCUUCAAACCCUAAACAAAAAUCUGUGAACAAAGCAACCAGAGCUAGAAAAAACAGAGUUCACGGAGAUAUCUACUUGCGAAGAAAAUGGCGAAGUCAAUGAGAUCAAAGAGGGAAAAGAGGCUGAGAGCUAUAAGGAGGGAUAUAGUUGCUACAGAACCCACUGUUCUUAAGAAAGAAGCUGCUAAAUUGGUUGCCCAAGAAGCUGCCCUUGCUGCACCUAAGCUUAUUGUGAAGUCUCCCUUCAGCCGCACCACCAUGGAUACUUCUGCCUCUACUUCUAACGACGAUACUAAAAUGGAUGUGGAGAUAGCCGAUGGCAAUCAAAGUUCAAAAUCUCUAAAACCUCUUGGAAAGAAGAUGAAAAAGAAGCUUAAAAUAGCUAAGAAGAAGAAUCAUGGCAAGGGAAAGAUCAGGAGGAAGAAUGUUUGAUUGCAGGCGGUUGCCAUCUUGCUAAGCUGAUAGAUGUCUUGUUACUUACUGUUGACAAGUCCAUCCCAUAUUCUCUCCUUAAUUCAUGAUCUUACAUUGUAGUAGUAUCUUGGAACUUGAGCAUGUGAGUGGAUAAUGCUCAUACAAAUUUUGUUUGUGUGCUGUCAAAAUGAAGCCUCAAGUUCUUAAAUUUGUUUACAAAAUAGAUCGUAUUUUUCAUUUGCCUUUUACAGUUUGUUGGAACAUGCUAAACUUGCCAUGAAAUAUGAAGAUGUAGACUGUAAUCCUUAGUUUUCUGAUGUAGUUGACGUGGG